CGUAUGUCCUGCUUCUGUUUUGUUGGGAAGGUUCAUUUUGAUACAUUGUUAUCUAUUGCAGACAUUUUUCAGAAGUUGGGUUCUUUUAAUGGGCAGCAAGAAGAGAAUCAGAGUGAAACUGAUGGAGGGUCAAACUGAUUUAGCUACAAACAAUACAGUUUUGGUUCCUUCCAAUAAGAAAAUUACGAUGGAUAACAAUAAAGAAGGAGAGAUGGGAAAUGGGGUUAUGGAAAUAAUAAAGAAGAGAAAACAAAUAGACAUGGAGAAGCAACCAAAACAAAUGAAUAUCAGUGGUUUGCCUGAGUUCCAUGUCAGUGUUUUUAAAGACUUGGCAUCGAAAGAUUCUUCUGUGAGAGAUGCAGCACUGGAAAAGAUAGUGACAGAGUUGCAAGAAGUACAGAAGGAAUAUGAUAGGCUCAAUGAUAAGGAUAAUUUGGUUGAUGAUGAUGGUGGUUUGAAACUAGAUGCUCAAAUGGAUGAUGGCUUGGAUAACUGUGCAUCAUCCUUGAGAUAUGCUGUGCAUCAUCAAGAGAGGAUGCUUAGACAGGGUUUGGAUACAUGUUUUGCCACUGGUUUUGCAGUAUGUUAGACAGGGUUUUGCAUUGGGUUUGACUGCUUUGGUGGCUAAAAUUCCUAUCAUUAAAGUGGAUUCCUUGUUAAAACUUAUAGUUAAUUUAUUGGAAGUCUCAUCAUCGAUGAAGGAUCAGGAUGUAAGGGAUUGCCUCCUGGGUUGGUUAUCCGCUUACGGUGCACUUACUCAAUCCGGGAGACUCGCUAAAGAGUGGCUUUCUGAUGAAGAUACUCUGCACAUCAAGGAAUUUAUGAGUGCUAUUAUCUUCCUUUCUGGGAAAAAAAUAUAUUUGUAAGAGCCUGCAGUUUCAGUCAUUUUAGAAAUUGUUGAUGAGGUAGUCUCUGAUCAAAUAUAUCAUUGUGUUUAACAUGAUAAGUAGAUGUUUGAGUCUUUAUAUAACACUUUUGCUGAAGCAUUGUUCGAUCAUAUUCUUGAAGCUCCAGGAAUAACUCAAUGGUUUCAAGAUGCCAUUCAAGUCGGAAAUCCGGGUGCUUUGUUUUUAGCUUUGGAAAUUCAUGAAAAAAUGUCCAUUGACAGCACUUCGUUCGGCGAGCUUUAGCUGAAUUCAUUCUGCCGGAGCAAACUUUUUUCUGCUGGUUACCUGUCCUCUAUCGGUAAUUGCUUGAAGGGAAACAACAUAUUGUCAACCCCGGAUUCAUAGUUGGUGGCCUUUUCCUGGUAAAUGUUCUCCUACCUGAUACCGCUUUACAUACUGAAGAUGCUGUAUUAGUUUCUUGUUCCUUAAGAAAACGCAAAAGGGAUCGGAAGUCUAAAGAAAUUGCGAAAAGCGUCCAAUGUUUCUGUGAGAUUGUUAUUGAAGAAUCUCUUCUGCAAUUAUCUCAUGAUAGUAAACACUUAGCAUUUGAUAUUCUGCUUCUUCUCCUGCCAAGGUUGCCUUCAUCGUUUAUACAGAUUGUUUUGUCCUACAAAGUUAUCAAAUGCUUGAUAGACAUACUUUCCACAAAAGAUUCCUGGUUAUAUAAAGAUGGACGGAAUUUUCUUAAAGAAUUAUUAGUUUGGGUUCGGAAUGAUGAUAUCCGAAGAGCAGCUGUUAUUGUUGCCUUUCAGAAGCACAACAAUGGGAAAUUUGAUUGCAUUACAAAGACGAAAACAGUAAGAGAUUUGAUGGCAGAGUUCAAAACAGAAUCCGGUUGCUUCCUGAUUGUUGAGAACUUGAUUAACUUGUUUUUAAAUGAUCAUGCUUCUAAUGAACCUACAGAUCAAAGUCAAACAACUGGUGAGAUUGUUGAGAACUUGAAUAACUGAUUGUGGAUGAUGCUGAUUUUUUGAAGGGAUGGAUCAUAGAAUCUAUUCCUAGUAUUUUGAAACGUUUAAAAUUGGACCCCGAAGCGAAAUUCCGAGUGCAAAAGGAAAUAUUGAAGUUCCUUGAUGUUCAAGGUCUAUUCUCUGCAUUUCUUGGAUAUUGAAGAUCAUUGAGGUGAGAAACUACUCGGAUGCUGAAUUGAAGAGAGUUUUUGAUCUCUUAAAAGCUAUGUUAGUGGUGUAUUUUGACAAUAAAAAGUCUCCAAUAAAAUCUGGUUUUUUGAAAGAAAUAUUCAGAAGACAUCCCAGGAUUUUCCGUCGACUCUUAGGCUCACUAUAGAAGAAAUGCGGCUGUGCAAAAUCCGACUUCUACGUGUCGAGGCACUUGAUUUGGUGAUCAAAGCAUUGAAGUCACAGGCUCCAUUGAAGAAAGUUAGUAAAAAAGAUGCCGGAAAAGAAGUCGAGAAGAAUCCAAGUUGAUACAUUUUGUGGUAAAAUUUUCCAGAUGGCAUCAACAUUAGACCUAACCAAGGCUUUUUUGAGAUGUUUGAGACCAGAUGCUCAUGCUGCUUGUGAACCUCAACUUGGUCCCCCUUUUUUUUAACUUGAAGAAGAAAAAGCUCGAAUGAGAGGCAACUACUAAACGUCAACACAUAUUUGUGGAGACAACCUUGAGAAGAUAAGCCUGAUUUCAGCUUUCUUUUCUUAAUUGAUUGCAUAGGAGAUUUUCUUUUAACAGCCUGUUUUUUUAUUCGGAUUUUAAAAGUGAUUUUAUAAGCCAUAUUGAACCAUGUCAAAUCUAAAACCUUUUAUUCAACGAGGUGAUAGUUCCAAUAAUUUCAUUUAACUUUAUUUUUUCCUUUUA